AUGUCUGCAGGGGCCCCUCAAAUUCCGAUUAUUGUUCUGAAAGAAGGCACUAAUGAUUCGCAGGGUCGUGGUCAACUGCUCUCGAACAUCAAUGCUUGUGUCGCUGUCCAAGAUACCAUUCGGACGACACUUGGACCUUUAGGAGCUGACAAACUGAUGGUGAGUGAUAGAGGUGAGGUAGUCAUUUCGAAUGAUGGCGCUACUAUCAUGAAGCUCCUUGAUAUUGUUCAUCCUGCAGCAAAGACUCUUGUGGACGUUGCUCGCGCUCAGGAUGCUGAGGUUGGUGACGGUACUACAUCUGUAGUUGUCUUUGCUGGUGAAUUAUUACGGGAAGCCCGUAAUUUCGUCGAAGACGGUGUAAGCUCGCACUCAAUUAUUCGCGGCUAUCGUAAAGCUGCUCAGUUGGCAGUCAAUAAAAUCAAAGAAUUGGCUAUUCAAUUAGAUUUAUCCGAUGAAGCAAAAUUACGCGAUUUAUUGAUGAAAUGCGCUGCUACUGCCAUGAGUUCCAAGUUAAUUCGUUCUAAUACAUCUUUCUUUACGAAAAUGGUAGUAGAUGCAGUUCUUACUUUAGACAGAGAAGACUUAAAUGAAGAUUUGAUCGGUAUAAAAAAGGUUCCAGGUGGAUCUAUGGAAGACUCUCAGUUGGUGAACGGUGUUGCUUUUAAAAAGACUUUUUCAUACGCAGGAUUUGAGCAACAACCCAAGUAUUUUAAAGAUCCCAAAAUCCUUUGCUUGGAUGUCGAACUAGAAUUGAAGGCUGAAAAGGAUAAUGCUGAAGUUCGUGUCGACAAAGUUCAAGAAUACCAGAAUAUUGUGGAUGCUGAAUGGCGCAUUAUCUUUGCAAAAUUAGAGGCCAUUGUGGCCACGGGCGCUAAGGUUAUUUUGUCUAGACUUCCAAUUGGAGAUUUGGCUACUCAGUACUUUGCCGACCGCGAUAUAUUUUGUGCCGGUAGAGUGGCUAACGAUGACUUGAACCGUGUUGUUCAAACCGUUGGUGGUUCCAUUCAAUCAACAUGCUCGAAUAUCGAAGAGCGUCAUCUCGGAACUUGCAACACUUUUGAAGAACGCCAGGUUGGUGGUGAGCGUUUCAACUUAUUUGAAGGCUGCCCCAAGUCGAAAUCUUGCACUCUUAUCCUUCGUGGUGGUGCUGACCAAUUCAUUGCAGAAGUUGAACGCUCUUUACAUGAUGCUAUUAUGAUUGUCAAGCAUGCUUUGAAGAAUAACCUUGUUGUUGCAGGUGGUGGUGCCUGUGAAAUGGAACUCUCCAAAUAUCUUCGGGAUUAUUCUCUAACCAUUUCUGGCAAACAGCAGAAUUUCAUUGGCGCUUUUGCUCGUUCUUUGGAAGUUGUUCCUCGUCAAUUGUGUGACAAUGCUGGCUUUGAUUCAACCGAUAUUAUGAACAAACUUCGAAUGAUGCAUGCUAAAGGCGAUAGAUGGGCUGGUGUUGAUAUGGCAAGUGAAGGUGUUGCUAACAAUUUUGAAAAGUUUGUGUGGGAACCAAGUUCUGUCAAAUCUAAUGCUAUCAUGUCAGCAGCUGAAGCAGCUACUUUGGUUCUUUCUGUCGAUGAAACUAUAAUGAAUGAACCUUCCAAACAACCUCAGGGUCCUCCUCAACGUGGUGGUAUGCCUCCCGGUGCUGCACAAAGAAUUAUGCGCGGUAGAGGUCGUGGUAUGCCUCGUUGA